CCCAGAACAAUCCAAUACCUUCUUUUCCCUCGUAGAAUCUCUCACCUUUCCUUCUCACUUUCUUUCUUACCUUUCUAGUUCAAAAAUUCAGCUUCUUUCUCUCAAAUUUCAGAUAUUCCCAAGAGAUUUCACAUUCCUGAAUCCUGAUUCCCCUGCAUUGAUUCAUCUCUUCUUUUUCUCCCAAAGACAGUUGAGUUUUUCCCACAGUCUUGAAGAAAACCUUCAAACACCAUGAUUUCUUCGGUGAAACACGCGCCAACUUCAUUCACUUCCGUUGAUUUCUUGCCCAAGAAGCGUACAAUCCCCAGACCGGAGUUUUCUCCACUACCCAUCAUCAAGAAUGUACACAAUGGCUUUAAAGUCCAAUCCUUUGCUUCACAGAAGCCUCUUCAUGUUGCUUCUGUUGAGAAUUUUGGGAUUUCGAGGGGUGCGGAGAAGAGCGUAACUGAGUGUAAGGCAUAUGAAGCGGAUAGGUCGCGGCCUCUGGAUAUUAAUACUGAGUUGCCGGACGAGGAGGCAAGGCUGGAGACGGCUAAGAGGAUCAAGAUUGGGAUAUACUUCGCUACUUGGUGGGCUUUGAAUGUGGUGUUCAACAUUUAUAACAAGAAGGUUUUGAAUGCGUUUCCUUUCCCAUGGCUUACCUCCACUCUGUCUCUCGCUGCUGGGUCUCUCAUAAUGCUCAUUUCUUGGGUCACGAGGGUUGCUGAUGCACCCAAAACCGAUUUUGAGUUCUGGAAGACCCUAUUCCCAGUGGCGGUGGCACAUACAAUUGGGCAUGUAGCAGCAACUGUGAGUAUGUCUAAGGUCGCAGUUUCAUUCACUCACAUCAUCAAGAGCGGUGAACCUGCUUUCAGUGUUCUAGUUUCCGGAUUUUUGUUAGGUGAGGCAUUUCCAAUGCCGGUUUACCUAUCACUCCUGCCCAUAAUUGGAGGCUGCGCACUCUCAGCUGUGACUGAGCUCAAUUUUAACAUGACCGGUUUUAUGGGUGCCAUGAUAUCAAACCUGGCUUUUGUGUUUCGGAACAUAUUCUCAAAGAAGGGGAUGAAGGGGAAUUCCGUUAGUGGAAUGAACUACUAUGCUUGCCUGUCAAUGUUUUCUCUAUUGAUUCUUACACCCUUUGCAAUUGCUGUGGAGGGUCCUCAGCUGUGGGCUGCAGGCUGGCAAAAGGCGGUUGCACAAAUUGGACCUAAUUUUGUAUGGUGGGUGGUGGCUCAAAGUGUAUUCUACCACUUGUAUAACCAAGUUUCAUACAUGUCUCUCGAUCAAAUCUCUCCCUUGACAUUCAGCAUUGGAAACACGAUGAAGAGAAUUUCUGUCAUAGUCUCCUCCAUUAUCAUCUUCCACACGCCCAUUCGACCAAUCAACGCACUUGGGGCUGCCAUUGCAAUCCUUGGCACAUUCCUCUAUUCACAGGCAAAGCAGUGAGAGAGAUGAGAUUUUUGAGAUUUUGAUACAAUGAUGCAAACCAGAAAGCACAUGAGGAGGAUCAACUAGAAGAAAAACAGCAUAGAAGAUAGACAAACACUACAGCUACAGGAUAACUUUUCUUCUGAUGCACUGCACAGGGUUUCCUCCUCAAGAUUAAGCAAGAAUGUUCAUCUCAAUCUUAGCAACACCAAUAAGUAGUAGACUAUAGUUUAUUUUCCUCCCCACUGUUAUAUGAGAACUUGAAGCCUGCUAUGUUGUUGAGCAAUAAUGAAUGUGAAUAAAGUGGGUUUUUUGAAUGCUAUAUUUCUGUUUUAAUGAGUACAUUGUAAAAAUGUAGUUAAAAUAACAAAAAUUUGAAAAA